AUCAACAAAGCGAAAGGGCGUCGUUUUCGUCGUCCAUGGAUACGCACAGUUGGAAUUGGUUUGCUGGGUGGCGACAGUACUAAAAUAAGCUCCUGUUUCAUUCUUGAAACACAAGUCCCCCUAUUGGGAAAUAAAAUGGCCUUUGCCCCGAGGACCACAAAUGGAUCAAAGAUGCAGACAAAGAUGAGCACUUGGACACCCUUAAACCACCAGCAGUCCAAUGAUCAGGUUUUUGACGAAAGGAAGAAUCUGCUUGGCAAAUGGUUUGAUAAGUGGACAGACUCACAGCGGAAACAGAUCCUGCUAGAUCUCCUUGGAAGGUGUUCAACAGCUCAACUGCGCUUUGUCUGCAGGAACCUCCAGAGUCGAGUCCCAGAAGUGGCUCUUGAUUUCACCACUGUACUGCCCAGAGUGCUGGCACUCUAUAUAUUCUCCUUUCUUGAUCCCCGCAGCCUCUGCAGGUGUGCUCAGGUGAGCUGGCACUGGAGGUACCUGAUAGAAUUGGAUCAGCUGUGGAUGCCCAAGUGCCUGCGGUUUGGGUGGUGGAUAACCUUCUCACCUACUUCUUUCGAGCAGGGAGUCUGGAAGAGGCACUACAUUGAAAUGGUUCGGGAGCUGCAUGUCACCAGACCAAAGACUCCCCAAAAGACAGAGUUUAUUGUUCCAGAAGUCGAGCCAAUCCGAAAGGAUGUCUUUGACUUGAAGCUGAGUCACUCCUCUCUGUCCCAGUUGGUGCCCUUAUCCCAGAGGGGAACUUUUGGGAAAGCAUAUAGGAUGCUGGGGAAAGGGCUUCCACCAUGGAAGUCCUCUGACAAGCACCCGACUGACACCCUGCGUUUCAACUACCUUGACAACUUCGACCCCCUCGAACAGGCGCACCAAGGACAAAACAAAGGCAAGGGGAUUAAUCCCGAUCUCAGCAAAAUGGAACAUGAAAGGAAGAAGCCACCCUCCACCAUAACCUACAAACUACGCAGAGCAAAGUCACUUAUGUUACUGAAUUCUAGUCCGCAAAUGCCAAGCCGUCCCACAUGGGCAACAAAUGAAUCCACAGCAUACCCUGUAACCAAGGCAACUGUAAAGACUCUUGCACAGACCACUGAGUGGAAUGCUGGAAUACGACCAGGGCCUUUUCGACCUCCAGUCCUCAAGAUGAGCAAGAAGGAAAAGAAGGCCUCACAGGACACACAGAGAAGUUUUCCCUCAGCACCGCUGUUUGAGAGCAAGCCAUGGCAAGUACUUCACUCAGAACAUGGAUCAGAUCAAGAAUAACAACCAGGCACGUAGAAGAGUUUUCCCUCCUGGUAGGCUUGAGGACUAUAAUUAAAAUGCCAAUAAUAAUGUGGCUACAGAGGUACCCAGUAUUUACAUAUUUUUCUUUUCUUGACAUUCAUCAGGUAGACAAUAUUUCUUAGCGUGGUAAAACACUUGUAUUGAGAAUUAUUUUAAUAUAUAGUACAUUGGGCCUACAUAUGCAUAUUUUCAAGGGGUAAUAAUAUCAAUGUGAAUUGUUAAAACAUAUUUUGGAACCACUGUAUAUUCUGUAAAACACACAGUAGCUAGUGGAUACUUCUCUCCAGACCAAAAAGUAUCCCUGAUUAGUAAACUAUACAGAACACUAUAUACUUAAAAAUGUGUUAAUUUAAUUGUUAACAAAUAUUCCAUCACCAUGUUCACAAACUCCUGUGCAACCUUUGCACCAGUUGUUAUUAAAACAUACAAAAUAAUGUGCUUAUACAUACAUUCUGUUAUUAAUGUAAAGCUGGGUUGUUUCUUAAUAAUUGUGAGCUCUUGAUAUAAAGCUUUUGCACAUCAACAAAACCUUAUUAAAUCUGGAAACAGACAACUUGUGUAAUGGGACGGGAAAAUGGAAAUAUGUAAAGUGUAAUCACUUAAUACAAUAAAGUAGCCAUGGAAUCUU